CAAACUUGGAUCAUCGAUAUGUGUCGUUCCAUCGAAGGUUACCAACGCUUUUUACCUGCAAUAUUUCAACAGCAUGGUGCUGCCACUUGGACUGUUACACGACCCGCUCUUUUCGUUGAAGACGCCCAGCUAUCUCGGUCUAGGCACUCUUGGGUUCAUCGUCGCUCACGAAAUCAUGCACGGUUUCGAUAAUUCCGGCGUCGAGUUUGACGAAGACGGCGUCCGACGCAAUCUUCUCAGUCCACCUUCACAACUGAAAUUCCAACAGAAAAUGAAUUGCAUGAGCAAUCAGUUCUCCAGCGCCUUCCGGACCGAGUAUUUAAUCAACGGGAAAAGCGUCGUUCUCAAGGUGGAUGGAGAGUUGACUUUAAACGAGAAUGUCGCAGAUUUGGGAGCCAUUAAAGCCAUUGUUGCAACACGGGCUAGAAUGGACCGCGAGUCACCCGCAGCUAAUCUACCCGGCUUGAAUUAUACUCACGAGCAAAUCAUGCUGAUCAACGCCGCUCAGGCCUACUGUGCCCUGAUUACUCCGCAAGCGUACGCUCUGAUUCUCGGUAUGGACGAACACGCUCCGCCACACGAUAGAGUCAACGGUUUCAUGAUGAACUUGCCGGAUUACGGGCGAAUUUUCAACUGCCCGGUGGGUUCGCGUCUCAACCCCAAAACGAAAUGCUCCGUCUGGUAGACGCUCUUCUCAGGACCGAGUUUGAUAUACCUAGAUCAUUUAAUUUGUGAUUACAAUCAUCCUCCUAUGUAAAUAGAAAAUUUCAUUU